AUGCGGGCCUUUUUUCCUGCCUUGCUACUGAACCUGCUCGUGGUCGUUUGGCCAGCGUCCACCUUGGGCCACUCUAGCUCAGUGACAUUGCAUGGUCACCCUCCGCUCACCAAACAACUUCACACACAGACUGCAAGGAGGCUACUGGAUACCGAGGUGCCUGAUCGUCUGAAGAGCCUUGGGGUGUUUCAGGAUGGCAAUCGCGUUCGUGAAGGCAUUCGCAGCGCUUACACCAAGGUUUUACGACAAGUCGACAAGGUUAAGGAGCCGUAUUCCUUUUCAGAAGGCAUCCAAAAGGAGUGGAUUUACCAGCCAGACCUCAGGAAGCACUACUUUGUUCCAAGAGUGCUCCGUCUGCCCGCCCUUCUGCAACAAGGCCCGAUCCCCCACGAACAGGCCUUCACAGCCUUUCUUAAAAGCACCGACGAGGAAUUCGGUCUAAAAGAUGUCGCCGUGACGCACGUUCCGGAGUUAUCAGACUUCAAACCUGCAGAAAAUGUGCCAGUCAAGGUCACAGACACGCCUGAAGCUGCCGAUCCUCGCUCUGACGAAAGCGGACCGAGUAAUAGCAGAUAUCGAAGGCGUCGGUCUCGCAAGGCCUACCGUACACAGAACUUCAACAACUUCGAGGCAGGUCCGCAUACUCCAACCACUCUGCGAGCCAUGCCUGACAACGAAAUCGAGUCGGAUCGUACGUGGCCGAUUCGGGGACCAGUUCCUCCCGAGACCGAGCCAGAUUUGGGCGAGUCAUCCAAGCAAAUGAGACCGCAGCAGGCGGCCUCACGUGGCGAAGUACGCUUUGGGCGGCGUAUUCCUGCGGAUCGUCUGAGUAACACGCUUGUAGCGAUGGACGAAAGAUUCAAGGUCAUGCGCAAAUUCCAACAGACUCAAAUUGAGAAAGCUUCGAUGCGGUACGUCGGACAUCCCCAGUAUCGACCACCGUUGCAGCAAAAAGGUCAAGAAGUGGCAGCAGGUGCACCACCAGGUCUUGCUCCCAUACGUACCAAGCCAGUCGCUUCGCAAAAGGUCUCUCCAGAUCCCACGCCCAGAGACGCCGUUGACCCUGCUGGCACAGAAGCCGAUGCGUCGAAUCCUGCAACCCCGAACUACGAUUUUGGGGACUCAUUCACACCCAACGGCCCAUACUUCAAGCACGAUCCUCGCGAUGCUUCAGAGUCCAACACGCCCCUCGGCGAUCCAUCGCCAAUCGUGUCGCCUGAUGGCGGCAUGACACCUUCAUCUAGGGCCAGCACGACACCAAAUACACCCGAGAAAUUCCGAUUACCUGUCGACUACGAUCAAUUGCUACAUCAAGCGCGCAUGCGGCACGGACAAGUUCCCGCGUACCGUCCAGUCUCAAAGCCCCUAGACGUAUUCUCGGAGUCCGUUCCAGCGCACGCGAACAAGAAGCCAGAUUCAGGCUGGAAUCAUGGUCCAACCAGCGGUGAGGCACUACGCGAGUUCAAAGACUUGGCAAAGUGGCAUGGUGUUGACCAUGCCAUCGACCAGCAUGACUCAUUGCCCGAAGGGACUCGCCAUGUGCCAGUCCGAUCCGACAAGAUGCAUGGAUACGACGAUGACAGUCAAGCACCGGACAAGACGUCGCCUUCUGGCAAACGCAAAUCACCCUUGUAUGCUGGGACCGUCAAAUCUCCUCAACGAGGGUCUCGUGCACCUGCCCACCAACAAACUGAUCAGAACUUUGAAAACAUCGAGGCAGCCCCCUCCGCGUUGUCUGAACCUCAAAUGAACAACGUCGAAAUGAAGGACACAUUGUCGACGGACAACGGGCCUGGUCAACAAGAAACCGAUCAUUCAAACGCAUUGCCUCCAGAAGCGCCUGCAAAGAAGCGCAAACAGCCGAUACUUGGGCUCGUCAAGCCCAUGAUGCGCGUGCCGAGCUUUGGUUUCCCAAUUUCCGGAGCCGAUCCGACUUCUCCUUAUCUGGAGGGCUUCAAACCUUCUCUGAGAACGGAGGUCGAUCCCACCGCGCAGUCCAAUCCUACAGUCCCAUUGGAUGCCAAUCAAGAGUCGCGAGAGGCUGCUGGCCGUCUCGAGAGCUUGCAGGACACGCUGAAGCGUUUGCCGUUCUCUGGCUCUCGAGAAGCGGUCAUCCAGGCUUUCCAAGAACACCGACUGCCAAAGCCUCUUCCACGUGAAUCGUCUGAUCGUCGUUCUAGCAUCUUCACACCUUGA